UGGGAUCAGCCCGUGGGGGGUCCGCCCCGUAUGGUGGAGACCCGCUCCGGGCCACCACGGAGCAGAACAACACCGUGGGCAACUGGACGGCUAUGAGCCAGACCACCAUCAUACUGGGAACAGAUGGGAACACGUCUGUUCAGCCCGGCACCGUGACGGGGGCUGAAGAUGAUGACGAGGAGGGAGAUGAGAAUAAGGCCAGAGGAAACUGGUCCAAUAAACUGGAUUUUAUUCUGUCCAUGGUGGGCUAUGCGGUGGGACUGGGCAACGUGUGGAGGUUUCCUUAUCUUGCCUUCCAAAAUGGUGGAGGAGCUUUUCUGAUCCCCUACCUGACAAUGUUGGGCAUUGCCGGGAUCCCUAUCUUUUUACUGGAGGUGUCUCUGGGCCAGUUUGCCAGCCAGGGCCCCGUGUCAGUGUGGAAAUGCAUCCCAGCUCUGCAAGGUUGCGGGAUUGCCAUGUUGAUAAUAUCUGUCUUGAUAGCCAUAUACUAUAAUAUUAUAAUGUGCUGGACACUGUACUACCUGUUCGCUUCGUUGAAGGGCUCACUGCCAUGGGCUAACUGUAGGAAUGAUUGGAACACGGUGGAAUGUAAGGACAAAGACAUGCUGCUGUUAGACACGUGCAUCCUGCGGGACAGAAACAUCACCUCCAUCAAGAACUCCUCUUUCUGUCUGUCCGCGAACGCUGUGGGAAACCUGAGCAAACUGAUCAACAUGACCGUGGACGGAAACAAGACCUACGUCAGCCCCAGUGAGGAGUACUUCAAGUACAACGUGUUGCACAUCUCUAAAGGAAUAGAAUUCCCAGGAGACAUCCGGUGGCCUCUGGCAGGCUGUCUGAUGCUGGCCUGGCUCAUUGUCUACGCCUCUUUAGCCAAAGGAAUCAAGUCAUCAGGAAAGGUUGUGUAUUUCACAGCCACAUUUCCCUACGUGGUGCUGGUCAUUCUGCUCAUCAGAGGAGUGACCCUCCCCGGUGCCUUCGAUGGCAUCCUUUACUUUAUCACACCAAAGUGGGAGAAACUGAGCGAUGCAAAGGUAUGGAAAGACGCAGCCACUCAGAUCUUCUUCUCUCUGUCGGCUGCAUGGGGAGGCCUCAUCACUCUCUCCUCCUACAAUAAGUUUCACAAUAACUGCUACAGGGACACUGUUAUAGUGACAUGUACAAACAGUGCCACCAGCAUAUUUGCUGGGUUUGUCAUCUUCUCCGUCAUUGGUUUCAUGGCACAUGAGUUGAAAGUGCCGAUAGAGAAGGUGGCAGAUGAAGGUCCAGGCAUUGCGUUCGUGGUGUACCCAGAGGCUCUGACCAGACUCCCCCUGUCUCCUUUCUGGGCGAUCAUCUUCUUCCUCAUGCUCCUGACUCUUGGCCUGGAUACCAUGUUUGCCACCAUCGAGACCAUCGUAACCUCCGUGUCUGACGAGUUCCCCAAAUACCUGAGGAAACACAAACCUCUCUUCACGCUGAUCUGCUGUGCCUGCUUCUUCGUUCUGGGAUUCCCCAUGAUCACAGAGAACGGGAUGUACAUGCUUCAGCUGGUCGACACGUUCGCAGCCUCCUACUCAUUGGUCAUCAUCGCUAUCUUUGAACUGCUGGGGAUUUCAUACCUCUACGGUCUGCAGAGAUUUUGUGAGGACAUUGAAAUGAUGAUUGGUUUUCAGCCCAACCGAUUCUGGAGGAUCUGCUGGGCCUUUGUGACUCCAACCAUUCUGACGGGCAUCCUAGGUCUGAGUCUGUACCAGUGGAAGGUGAUGACCUAUGAGGACUACACCUACCCCAACUGGUCCAUGGUUAUGGGCUGGCUCAUGGUCAUCUGCUCCGUCAUCUGGAUCCCCAUCAUGUUCCUCAUUAAGAUGUACCUCGCACCCGGCAGCCUAUCUGAGCGUCUGAAGCUGGUCUGCUCCCCGCAGCCUGACUGGGGUCCUUUCCUGAUGAAGCAUCGUGGAGAACGUUACAAAAACAUGACCGACCCUCUGGGAACCAACUCGCUGGGCCUGAAACUGCCCCCCAAGGACUUCCAGCUCGGGUCCUACCAGUAGCAGUCACCUUGGCGGCACCGAAUCCACCUACUCCAACCCCCUGCAGAGGGGGGACACCACAAGGGAGGAGACCACCACCUUAUUUUCUCCCUUCUCCUCUCACUCUUCCACCCCCACCCUGUAUCUUCCACCUCUUUGCUUCCUGUCUUCCUCCCCGUUAAUGUGGAUGUGGAAACAAGCUCCCUCUCUUCUUCCCUCUUCACCACUUCCUCCUCUCUCUCAGGGAGGAGUGGUUUUGCAGGUGGAGUCUACUCCUCCGCUGCUGCUUUGUACUCGGUUAAUGGGCUAUCAUCGCCUUCCACACAUGACCACUGAUUACUCCAGAACCCUUCCCAGGGAUCUUUUAUUCCAAGAGAAAAUUUGUGUCAUAAAAUGACACAGCUCAGACUGCACUUGCAAUAUUAGACUCACCAUAGCUGCUCCCUAUGGAGUCGUGUGUGUGUGUAUGUGUGUGUGUGUGUGUAUGUGAGUGUAUGUGUGUUUAUGUGUGUGUGUGUGUGCUGUCAUAUUGGUGUGUAGAGGUAAUGAAUCAUCUUGGUGGAAGCAGACACAGGAAAACAAAAAGAAAAUUGAGCGACAGAGAAACAGCGGUUCAUCGAGCUCGACGGGGAUCUGUGUUUUGUUCCAUCUCUGUACAAAUUUCCAUCUGCAAUACAAAUAAUAUCAACUGCCUCGGGAAAAAAAAAGAAGAGAAAAAAUCAACACAGUAUGCAUUGGUAUCACAUUUUGUUCCUAUCCAGCAGUAUAUAUAUAUAUAUGUAUUAUUCACAGUAGAUAUUGCUCAGUCGCACUUGCUUUGUCAAAAAUAGAUUACAAGAUCAGCAAUUUGUGCCUCCUACGUCCCAGUAGAGUAGUGAAUGCAUCCUGAUUACCACUCUGAGUAGAUACACUUCGGCCGGGAUGACUCUGCAGUAUGAUAGAAGCUUGGCCCUAUUUUUCCCUCUGGAUCUGAGGGAACCAUUUCUGACACCCUCUCUCUUUGUCUAUUUAUUAAGUCUUAUUCUUGUCCUCCCUGUCUUGUGUUAGCCUUAGAGUGUAAAGUAGCAUACCUCCUAACGUAGGGUACCACUAGAGUAGUUGAGCCUUCCUUCAGUCGGGGAUAACACGGCCAUUUAAUCUCUCCAAAUCUCCACACCUGACCUGAUAGUAAUAUACUUUAGACGGUGCAUUUAUCGCUGUAUGUGUUGUGAACUUGUCAAGCUUGUGAAACCACCUUUACAAUGUACAUCACUUCAGUAA